UCUGUCUUCCUCCGGUGAGAACUCCCUCUCUCUAUCAUCAAAAUUUUGUCCCAAAUCACAGAGAAGCACAGGGAGCUAAAAUACCUCAUAGAAAGUCUUUUCCCUUGUGUUCUCUCUCUUUCCAUGUGUCUCCCUUACUUAUAAGUUUACAUGUUUUGAUGGUGUAGACGAGUGCUAUUGAAGCUGCUCAUCUGAAAAAGAGCUUGUGACAUGAGAGCAUGGUCAUUAGCUUUGCACAUUCGCCGUUGCUUUUGCAACCGUUCUCAAAAGGAUCUUCAAUCAUCCUUCCACAACCCCAGGCCUUGGCUCUUCAUUGGCUUGGGAAACCCAGGCCAGAAAUACCAAGGAACAAGGCACAAUGUGGGUUUCGAUAUGAUUGAUGCUUUUGCAGAAUCACAGGGUAUUUCUUUUAGUACAGUUCACUGCAAAGCUUUCUUUGGGCAAGGCAUGGUUGGAAAUACUCCAAUUUUCCUUGCAAAACCACAGACAUACAUGAAUCUGAGUGGAGAAUCGACCGGGCCACUUGCAGAAUAUUACAAGCUACCUCUAAAUCGUGUAGUCGUGGCUUUUGAUGACAUGGACUUGCCUUGUGGGGUCCUCCGGCUACAUCAAAGAGGAGGACAUGGAUGCCAUAAUGGAUUGAGGAGUGUCAUUGAUCAUUUCCAUGGAAACAAAGAAUUUGGUCGAUUAAGAAUCGGCAUUGGAAGGCCACCAGGCCAGAUGGAUCCAAAGGCAUUCUUGCUUCAGAAGUUCAAUGCAACAGCUCGAGAACGAAUUGACGUUGCUCUCCAAGAAGGAGUGGAGGUUCUGAGGCUUCUCACAUCUAAAGGCUUUACUGAAAGUGCCACUCGUUUUAACACCAACCAGAAGUUCAAACAUCACAGACACGCAACCAUGUCGGAAUUUUGACUCACAUCGUCAAAUGUAAACUGGCGGCAAUGUGUGUAGUUGGGUUUUGUAGAGCUCUCUCUCUCUCAUCGUUGCUAUGCUCUUGCCACAGGCACAAGUUAAAUAUCAAUUAGCAGUUCUCAAAUGAUGGAACCACAGUUUCCAAGAACGAUCCAGUUACUCCAUCAGCGGUCUUUGGAACAGUAGCACUCAAAGAACCAAUUAUGCCAAUGACAGAUUGGUAAAGUAAAAACAACCAUUUGCUUUUAUGAAGAAAGUGGGAAAGUGGUAUUAAAGAGCUCUCUGAAAGUGGGAUUUGUAUGCAAAAUUGGAUCGCUAAACUCAAGGCCAGUGUUUUAAAACCCCUAAACGAAUCCUGAAUUGUCAUUGGCUGUAGUGGUUGAGAACGGCAAUACUUGAAUUGUCAUUGGCUAUACUGGUUCAUUUCAACAUCAAGAUGCAUUGGCACGAGAAAAAAAUAAAUUGUAAGUUUUGGAAAUAGUGUAUUUUGUAGCACAUUUG